AUGUCACACGAAGCUUAUAAUUUUGAAUGGAAAUCGGUCCAAUCAUGCUUGGAAGACAUACUUACUGUAGAACCGAGCGAACGUGCUAAGGGAAUACAAGAUUCUCGCCUGGCCUUUAUUACGUGCGCAAAACUAUUCAUCCGUUACAUCCAAAUACUCAGAGAUAUUGAAAGAUGUUACGACCAGAUUGUUCAUCCACAGAAGCGUAUCCUUUUGCGAAAAUUGUUGGACAGUUUAAUAGGGAGAAUCCUUGAACUGAAAGAAGAAAUGGUGAAACUUGACUUGAGUGAAUACCACUAUUUCGAUGACAUAUUAUCAGAAUUUAAAUUAACGCCAACCGAAAUACAGGUUCCAAUACCCAAAUACUUUGUUGUGGAUGCGCAGAACACAAUAAGGGAUAGGCACGCAUUCAUCAACAGUGUUCGAAGUCAGUUAGGUACAACUCAGGUUAAGGAAGAGGAACCGAUGUCUGUUGAAGAAGCGGUGCUGAUCAUUCAAAGGCACGAACGCGCAAGGCAAGGUCGUCUAAGAGCCAAAUAUAUGAGAGAAAUACGGAUGCAGGAGGAAGCUGAAAUGGACCCUGAGAGUCGUAUGAAAGACGUUCUCAAUCCACAAGAUGCGGCCAAGGUGAUACAAAAGCAUUGGAGAGGGUACUUAGCACGGCAGUAUACAAAAAGCACGCGACAGGAUGAAUUCAUAUGUGUUGUGUCGAAUAUAACGAAAAUGGCGCGGAAAAUCGAGAGUCAGCGACGAGUUGCCCAAAGUAUGAACCAAAAUGAAUAUGAGCAGGCGCUGGUCAAAGUGAAGGAGAAAAUACGCCUAACAGAGGGAACUGACAUGCAGGAACGUAUGGAGGAACAAAUACGUCAGUGGUUCCUUGAAUGCAGAGAUACCAACGAUGUUUUCCCCGACUACCCUUCGGUGGAAGAAGGUGGCUCCCAGUGGCUCUUCAAACCGAAACCUCCAGAACUUUUAGCCCAGGAGGAAGAGGAACGAAUUGCAGCAGAGAGAAGGCGUAAAGAAAAGGAGCUGAAGGAUAGUGGUAAAAAAAUCCAAUUAGAAAAGAAGAAAGAACCGGAGGGUUGGUUCAUGUCGCCUUCCACGUUCAUUCAAGAUCUCACUGAUGGUUGCAAGGAAUAUAAUGAAAACUGGAGGAAUCGCGAUGAAAGCGCCAAUACCUUUCAAAGACACGAAGAAGAAAUUAUUAAAAAUGAUAAGCGUGCACAACUUGAACUCGAAAUCCGUGCCAAUGUUGACGACUUGAUGCGGCAAGAACUGCGAAAUUUGAAAAUUUCCAUUGAUAGUCAGAGGCAAAAGAGGAUAAAUAAAAGAAAAGUCAAGAAACCAAAGGCUAAGAGGAAGAAAGGGGGUUUAAAGGAUCUGACAAAAGACAGAACACUGGAAUCAGUUUAUGAAGAACUAGUAAUUGAGGAUAUCAUUAAAAAACCACAAAAUAUACAUCUCGAUCAAUACUAUGGAGAAUAUUCAUACCUUGGAACUACUCUAAAGGGCAGUAUGAUUGAACCUCAGCCUUCUCUGUCUGAUGUCAAACAACUAGUCACGUUAUACGGGAUUCUGCCUUUGGGUUCCCCGGACGUACAUGCAAGAGCCAGUCUAACGCGCUCUAUCCUGCUGGCCGGACCUUCGGGGACAGGAAAGAAGACACUGGUGCAUGCCAUUUGCACCGAGACAGGCGCUAACCUCUUCGAUUUGACCGCAGAAAACAUAAUGGGUAAGUACACUGGCAAGGAGGCCACUCGCUUGCUCCUCAACAUGGUCUUCAAGGCUGCGAGGCUCCUUCAACCCUCGGUGAUCAUGGUGGACCAAUGCGAGAAAAUGUUUGGCAAAAGGAUCCCCAAGAUAGACAAGACUGAUCCCAAACGCCUAAGGAGAGAACUCCCAAGAGCCGUAAGGACGAUAAAACAAGGCGACCGAAUCCUUCUAGUGGGCUGUACACACGCACCUUUCGACGCAAAGGUGAAACCCUUCUGCAAACUCUACGACCGCAUCAUUCUUCUUCCGCGUCCUGAUUAUGCUUCUCGAUAUCUCAUUUGGAAAGUGGUAAUCGUGAAGAAUGGUGGUGUCCUGACAGACGCCCUGGAUAUCUCUUCGCUGGCGAAAGUCUCUGACGGGUACACCAUGGGAAUGAUGGAUAGAGCUUGCAAGGAGGUGCUCACGGAGCGCCGCCUGGCCCUCCUGGACAAGGUACCCCUCGUGGCCUCGGAGCUGAUCGCUCCACUCUCUCGCAUGGACCCCGUUUUUUUAGAGGAGGAAGAGGCGUAUAAGAAAUGGUACCGCAAAACGCCACUGGGGAAGAAGAAAAUGAGAGUCAUCGAGGAGGCAGGAGUUGCUCAGAAAAAGGCUAUUAAACCGAAACCCAAAUAG